GACAAACUCUUAGGGGAUCAUCAACAUUAUGGAACUUCGACUGACCAGAACUUUCACCAACAAGAAGAGAGGCCUAGGCAGGGAUCUUUACUUUCAGAAACGGCACAGAGUCGGGCUGAGAGGCUGACCAGUAUCGCAAGUGAUGGUUCAACUGUGCUAAGUUUUCACAACAUCAACUAUGAAGUGAAUGUAAGCAAUUCUCCUUUCUGUGGGAGAACGACCAAGAAGCAUAUUUUGAAGAAUGUCAGUGGUAUUUUCAAGCCUGGAAUGAAUGCCAUUCUGGGUCCCACUGGCAGUGGCAAGUCCUCACUUCUUGAUGUUCUUGCCGGCCGCAAGGAUCCCAAGGGGCUGACAGGUUCAAUACUACUGGAUGGGCUACCUCCCCCUGAUAACUUUAAGUGUCUUGUCGGUUAUGUUGUUCAGGAUGAUGUUGUGAUGGGCACGUUGACCAUCAGAGAGAACUUUGAGUUUUCCGCUGCACUCCGUCUCCCAAGUACAGUCACUAAGGCAGAAAGGAAGAAACGAAUUGACCAGGUUAUUUUUGAACUAGGCCUGACAGAAGUUGCCAAUUCAAAGGUUGGUAAUCAGUUUAUACGAGGUGUGUCUGGUGGUGAAAGAAAGAGGUGCAACAUAGGAAUGGAACUGAUUAUCUCACCUCCGGUUCUGUUUCUGGAUGAACCCACCACAGGACUAGAUGCUAGUACAGCAAAUGCUGUUAUGCUGUUGUUAAAGAGAUUAUCUGACCAUGGCCGCAAUAUCAUUUUUUCAAUUCAUCAACCUCGAUUCUCCAUCUACCGCCUGUUUGACUCUCUGAUGCUCUUGUCUCAUGGAGAUACUGUCUACCAUGGACUAUCUGAGGAAGCACUUCAGUAUUUUGCUUCUGUUGGUUACAUUUGUGAAGAACACAACAAUCCACCAGAUUUCUUCCUUGACGUCAUCAAUGGAGACUCUACAGCAUUAACGUCUACAGCUGCAUUGGCAGCAGCAGCAGCAACAGUUCAGGAUGAAGAUGACAAAGAAGAACCUGAUUCUAAUAAUGGGCUUAUAAAGCCAAAGGACAAAAAUGUAACAGACCAUGUCAUUGCAGUAGAUGGAAGCAACGUACCUCUGAAGGACCUGUUCAGUCAGUCCAGGUGGUGUGCCAAAGUGUCUGAUGAACUGAAUUUAAUAUGGGGCGAGCAUAUGAGAGAAGUAAACAGUGGUAAUGACAUCCAAAUAAGGAAGAUUGAAUACAAAAGCUCCUUUGCGACUCAGAUCAUAACGGUUUCUGGGAGAUGCAUUAAGAAUGUGGUCAGGAAUCCUCAAGUAUCUGUGAUGCAGUUUGCAGUCAUAUCUGUCUUUGCACUGAUAGUUGGCGCUGUGUAUUUUAAAACUAGCUCGUCCAAAGAAACGGCAAUUCAGAACAGAGUUGGAGCUUUCUUCUUCAUCAUCAUGAAUCAAGUGUUUGGCAACAUGUCGGCAGUAGAGCUCUUUAUUAAUGAAAGGGCAAUCUUCAUCCAUGAAAAUGUGAGUGGUUUCUACCGAGCCUCCGCCUACUUCCUGGCAAAAGUCUUCUGUGAUGUCAUACCAAUGAGGUUGAUUCCUGUGAUCAUUUUCUCAAGCAUCGUUUACUUCAUGGUUGAUUUCCGAGAUGGAGCUGAUCAUUUCUUCUUCUUCAGCCUGAAUCUGUUCCUAACUGCCCUUUCAGCAUCUGCUCUUUCAUUUGCCAUCAGCUCAACUGUGAGGAUAUUUGCUGUGGCAAAUCUUUGUUUAGCCCUGUCGUAUGUUUUCAUGAUGUUGUUUAGUGGAUUGUUGAUCAACAUUGGAGACCUGGCGGAAUGGCUUAGAUGGAUCAAAUACCUGAGUAUAUUCCGGUACAGUUUGAGUGCUCUGAGCAUUAAUGAGUUGAAGGAUAGAGAAUUCUGUAAUGUCUACAAUGGAACUAAAGAAUGUUCAUUUGGCAACAUCUAUUUGAAGCAGCAAGACAUAGCCUUUGAGGAGUCAUUUGAUCUCUGGCAAAAUGAAGUUGCUUUGGCUGCCAUGGUUGGAAUUUAUCUGAUCUUAGCUUACAUUCAGCUGCGCCGAAUUAAAAAGUUGAAGUAA